UUACUAAUGAAUCACUUGCCAUCACUGCCUCCAAGACUGGAUACUGUUGACAUGCAGUCUCCCAGAAUACCAGGUAGAAAAAGAGGAAGACCCCCGCUCCAUUCUACUCCAAUGAAAAUGGCAGUUCAUAAUCUUUAUUCUGCUCCAGCUGGCUCUUUACCAGUUGUGAAGAUCCCAAAGAAGCGAGGGAGGAAACCUGGAUAUAAGCUGAAAUCUCGUGUUCUAAUGACUCCUUUAGCCAUCUCCCCGCCAAGAAGUACACCAGAACCAGAUAUUAGUUCAAUCCCACAGGAUGCAGCUACAAUCCCCAAUUCAGCAGCCCCACAAGCCCUCACAGUCUGCAUUUAUGUCAACAAACAAGCCAAUGUGGGACCCUACCUUGAGCGAAAGAAAGUGCAGCAACUUCCAGACCACUUUGGACCUGAACGACCUUCCAUGGUGCUACAGCAGGCAGUUCAGGCUUGCAUUGACUGCGCACACCAGCAAAAAACUGUCUUCUCACUUGUCAAACAGGGCUAUGGAGGCGAAAUGGUGUCAGUUUCUGCUUCUUUUGAUGGAAAACAGCACCUCUUGAGCCUUCCGGUGGUGAACAGCAUUGGUUAUGUUUUGCGGUUCCUCAAAAAGCUUUGCCGUAGCUUAUUGUGUGACAGUCUUUUCAGCAAUCAGCCUUUUCCACAAUAUAACACUGCUGAAAACCCAGAAGAGUAUGAAAAUGGACGGAUGGAGUCAGCAGAAACAGUCAUCCCUGAAGAUUACCUGGUUGACCCAGUGACCACAAAGCACUACAGCAUAGAUCCCUCGGAUUCUGCCUUUAAUUGUAUGGGAUCUGUGUACUCUAUGAGGCAGAGUUCUGGAGAUGGACGUCAUGGUGGAGGAUCCUCUUCCUCUUGUAGUCAUCGUUCUGGUCAGCUGGCUUCUGGAGGGCCAUCAACUGCUAGUUUGAGGCAUCAGACAUCAAGCCCAACCCGAAAUGGAACUUAUCUGGAAGGAAACAGAAGUGCCUCAAGUCCUUCGCCAGAAAGACAAGAUGUCAUUCGGCCCACAAGCAAGAACCCUUUGACCUGGACGGUUGAUGACGUGGUUUGGUUCGUAAAGGAUGCUGACCCUCACGCUUUAGGACCCCACGUGGAACUCUUCAGAAAACAUGAGAUUGACGGCAAUGCUUUAUUGCUACUGAAAAGUGACAUGAUCAUGAAAUAUUUGGGCCUGAAGUUGGGACCUGCACUGAAACUGUGUUAUCACAUCGAUAAACUGAAGCAAGCCAAGUUCUGA